AUGGCUCAUGUUUUCUACAAGGAACCAAUCAAGCUCACUUCCUAUAAACCACUCUCCUUCUCAACACACUUCGUUUGCGCUCUUGUGCCUCAUCCAGGAGCUGAAGGCGGCCAUGGCAUGGCCUUUGUAAUAUCUCCUUCAACAGAUUUCUCACACGCGGAGUCAACAAGAUACUUGGGGAUUUUCAACGUAUCCAAAAACGGAUCUCCUUCCUCUGAUGUUCUUGCUGUUGAGCUUGACACUAUUUGGAAUCCAGAUUUUGAAGAUAUCAAUAGCAAUCAUGUCGGGAUUGAUGUUCACAGUCCUCUCUCUGUAGGAAUAGCUUCAGCGUCUUACUUCUCCGAUGUAACAAAGAAGAACGAAAGCAUAAACCUUUUGAGUGGAAAGCCAAUACAGGUUUGGGUUGAUUAUGAAGGCACUAUGCUCAAUGUCUCAAUGGCUCCUCUUGAAAUCAAGAAACCAAGUCUUCCUCUGUUGUCACAAUCCAUCAACUUUUCAGAGAUUUUUCCGAACAGAUCAAGACUGUUCGUUGGUUUCUCUGCAGCAACAGGGACAGCUAUCAGCUAUCAAUAUCUUCUUUCUUGGAGUUUUUGCACAAACAAAGGAUCAUUACAGAGACUUGACAUCUCAAGACUCCCUCAAGUUCCUCAUCCUCGAGCUGAGCAUAAGAAGAUGAUACUAUCUCCGAUGGUUAUUGUCCUGCUUGGUUUUGUGGCUGUCAUGGGAUCAGGUGUUGUUACAGGAGUGUACUUUAUCAGGUGGAGAAAGUAUGGAGAAGUGACUGAAUCAUGGGAAAAAGAGUAUGGUGCACACAGAUUCUCUUACAAAUCUUUAUACAAAGCAACAAAAGGUUUCAACAAAGAUGAGUUUCUUGGGAAAGGAGGUUUCGGAGAAGUCUACAGAGGGAAUCUCCCUUUAAGCAGAGUAAUAGCUGUGAAGAGAAUGUCUCAUGAUGGUGAUGAAGGUGUGAAGCAGUUUGUCUCUGAAGUGGUGAGCAUGAGAUGUCUAAAACACAGGAAUCUUGUUCCACUUUUAGGGUAUUGUAGGAGAAAACAUGAGCUUCUUCUUGUCUCCGAGUACAUGCCUAACGGAAGUCUCGACGAGCAUUUGUUUUAUGACAAGAAACCGUUACUUUCUUGGAGUCAGAGACUUGUUAUCGUUAAGGGAAUAGCUUCUGCUCUUUGUUACUUGCAUACAGGUGCUGAUAGAGUUGUUCUUCACAGAGAUAUUAAAGCUUCAAACGUUAUGUUGGACGCUGAGUUUAACGGGAGGCUAGGGGAUUUUGGUAUGGCGAGGUUUCAUGAACAUGGAGGCUAUGCGUACCCAACAGGAGUUGUUGGAACUAUAGGUUAUAUGGCGCCGGAAGUUAUUGAUAUGGUGGCCUCCACUGGAACUGAUGUGUAUGCGUUUGGUGUUUUCAUGCUUGAAGUAACAUGUGGGAGGAGACCUGUGGAGCCACAGUUGCAAUGUGAAAAACGGCUUUUGAUCAAAUGGGUUUGUGAGUGCUGGAAAAGGGAUUCUCUGCUUGAUGCUGUUGACCCGAGACUGGGAGGAGAUGAAGUCUUACCGGAGGAAGUGGAGAUGGUUAUGAAACUCGGUUUGCUAUGUUCAAAUAUUGUGCCGGAGUCUAGGCCUACGAUGGAACAAGUGGUUCUAUACUUAAACAGGAGCUUACCUUUGCCAGAUGUUUCACCAUAUAGUGUGGGGUUUAGCAGUCAUUCUUCGGUUCUGAUCGAUGCAGCUUCGCUUGUAGCUUCAAGGAGCUGGUCAGCUUCAUCGAUCUCUUGUUCUUCCUCGCCUAACAACUCACCUUACUAUGGUACAGCUAUGAUGUGA